GUCAUCGGGACGCCAUCCCUCGGAGAGGUCGGGUGAGGUUUGGGGUGAGAGUGUGCCCGGAGGGGCUCCCCGAACUCACGGGAGAGAGAGAGCACGGGAGCGUGCGCGUGAGAGAGGGGCGCGCGGAGGAGCUACAAAACAUGGUAAUCACCAGCACCAACAUCACCAGCAUCCCCGCCACCAUCACCUGCAGCUCCGCCGCGCGCUCUCCCGUCUCCGCUCGCGCCUCCGACCCGCUCAGCAGCCCAAAAUAACCCGCCGCCGGCAUGCCGAAGGAAGCAAAACAAGAAGAGCGGUAUUUUUAGGCUCAUUAAUUUCCACCACGUGGCCCGGAGGUGAACCGGACGGCCGUUGCGCAAAGGUUCCUCGUCAGUAUGUCCCGCGAGGCCGGCACGCCGCACCGGACGCUGACCGCCGCGGUCCUCCUGGGCUUCCUGCUCGGGCUCGCGUCCGCGCACCCGUUACCGAGCGGCCGGACCAACGCAACUUUGCUGGAGAAGCGGUGGGAGAGCCUGUUCUCCCGCUCCGUGCUGGGGAUCUCCGGGGAGAAACCGGAGCUGAGCUGGGAGAGCGACUAUCUGCUGGGCAUCAAGAGAGUGCGGAGGCUCUACUGCAACGUGGGCAUCGGGUUUCACCUGCAGGUCCUCCCCGACGGCCGGAUCACGGGCGUGCACCAGGAGAACCAGUACAGUCUGAUCGAGAUCUCCACGGUGGAGCGGGGGGUGGUGAGCCUCUACGGAGUCAGGAGUCAGAUGUUCGUGGCGAUGAACGGCCGCGGGAGGUUGUACGGAACGACAGUCUUCCAUGACGAGUGCAAGUUCAAGGAGAGCCUGCUCCCCAACAACUACAACGCCUACGAGUCUCUGGUGUACAGAGGAUCCUACAUCGCACUGAGCAAGCACGGCCGGGUGAAGAAGGGCAACAAGGCCACGACUGCCAUGACUGUGACGCACUUCUUACCCCGAAUAUGACGAGUCAAACGGGCAAUAACUAACUUAUUUGCACAUGUGGAGUAUUUCCCAGGUAACACAAAUACAUAUAUAUGUACAAACACAGAAGACGGCGAGGACUGCAAGAGACAGAAACACACUUGUAACUGACGGUAUUUAUUCAAACUUUAUAUGUAUAUUUGGGUAGCUGACUUUGUUUUAGAAAUUCUAGAAAAUGCCAUUCUGUGCUGCUUUGAUGAGUUUCUCUAUUUUGUGGUUUGACGGAGGAUAAGGAAGUAUGAUUAGUCCCUUUGUGUUUUCUGGGUGCUUGCUGGAGCCGGUCGCGUCCUCGCCCUCAUGGCGGACGACCGUUUGGCUACUUAGGAAAAUAAAACAGGGAUCUCACAUUAACAUAUCCUAAGAAGAAAAUGUACAAAAAAAUCUAAAUGUGUGCAUGAACUGUCCCCUCAGAGGAACGUCUGUUUACCUUCACGUGUUUUGUUGUCAUUCUUAGGAAAAGACAUUUCUCAUAUUUUACUGUCAAUAUCAGGGCAACUUGAGCACUCGGUGGUGUAUUUUUUGUCCUUUUUGCUCGGUCAUGAGGUGGCUGUGCCUUUGAUUCCCUCUCACGGCCCCCCCUUCACCCUUGCAUGCGAGAAAUGUGGUGCUCAAGUCAGAAAUAGGAAUGAUGCACCAGUCGUUCCUCCCUCAGACCCACGGGGACCUGAACCCAAUUCCUGGAGGGGCUGAGCGUUCUCUGCUUUGUCCUCUUCCAUCGUUAGAUCGAUUCAGUAAUCCAGACUCCAUGCUAGGCAGUGGAGCCCCCGGCGAACAGGGACUGAUCCCGGCCCCCCCGAGGGAGCUUUGACAAUCCCAGCUUUUAUUUUCUCGUUUAGCAGCUGCAUUGCAGACCAGAAUGAGUGUUUGUGUGCGUUUACCUAAAGGAUGCAUGCCGAAACCUUUACUGUGGAUAUUUCAGACUUUUGGGUCGUUUCCUUUCAUGGCAGACCUGACAGGAUGUCACGUUCAGCUGAGGCAUUCUGUCACGUCCGAACAGCUGCCGGCGUCUCACGGCGAUCGGCUUUCACCGCCGUUUUAAGUAGCAUUCACGACGAAACGAGAAACGUUCAGGCAGUUCCCUGUAAAUACAACAAGGUUCUGCAGCAAAGUUUGUCUAGAAGAGACCUGGAAAUAAAUGAAGUGAAUUACUGAUCUGUUUUUUAAGCUAUUUAUGCAUAAAUCAGACUGAGCUUCAGUAGGGCUUCUGGUUUCAACCAAAGGGUAUUUAUUUAUUUAUGUAUUUAUUUAUUUAUGCAGUGUUAAUACUAAUGUUGAUUCAGGCUUUCUGUAUGCAGCAGAAGAAACUUGAACUGAUGCUCUCUGAGAUACUGUAAUUUCUCCUUUGUGGAAGCAAAUGAGCGGAUGGAGAAACCCGCGGUGCGUGCGCGGAGGGUCAUUGAAAUAGUCGAGCGUCCGACCUGCUGAUGUCAGGCGGGACGGUCAGCGCGGGGCUCCAGGAAUCCUGUGCAUCUGAGCCACUUUUGGAUCGGGGUCAGGGAGGUGUGCAUUCUUUCCUCUGUCACUCGUAUUGGCAUUUUGUUCUGGUCCGUUGCAACAAGGUUUUGCCGUUUUGUGGAGCUCCUGCUGCUGCAUGAGAGGAAGAGGAGUUGUACGAUCACUGGAGUCGCUUUUCCAGAAAGCGGCGGUGCUGCUCUUGUAGGUUUGCGGUUUAACAGACUUUAAAGGAAUUCAGAGGCGUGUUGGCUCUGGUUUGUGUGGUGCAGCACGGUGGUCCCCCGUGCCGCGGACCGGUACCGGUCCAUAGACAAAAAAAAAAAAA